AAUGUUGAAGACUCUGUUGAAGACAGUGACUCUCCAGAUUUUCCUAUAGGUCUCCCUUUCCAGCUCCACCUGGAGAUGCCAAGGAUUGAACCUGGGACUUCCUGCAGAUGAACCAUGGCCCUACCUGUAUCUACCUAACACCUCCUUUGCCAUAUUUUAGGCACAAGCCAUCCCUACCCUGCUCUGGAUGGCUGCUGGAGUACAAUCCUAAACAUGCCUACUCAAUCAGAAGUGACCUUCAUUGAAUUGACCUUGUCUUAUGAAUGGGAGAGAGAUGACGCAUAUACUUCAUGUGCAUAAUAUGUGUGAAAGGAUAUAUGGCUUCAGCUAUGCAUCUUGUCCCUGAGGAACAAAUCACAACUGACCAUUUUGCUUAUCUGCUCUCUGCUUUAGCAGGUUCUCCAUUGCUUGAAAAGGAGCCCAAAAAGAAGGUGGCAUCAGAACUCGUCACACCCAGAUGCACAGGUGCUUUUCUGGACCACGAGACCUCCUACGAGUGUUGUUCCACCAACCCCUGCACAGGCUGUGUCCUGGCUUGCCGCAGGAGCCCUCGGCUUCUUACUAACGGCUACUAUUUACUCACAGAGGACAGUUUUCUGUCUGAUGAAGACGGCAACGUCACGCUGAGUCUAUCCCAAACAAGUGUUACCUAUAAAGAGAAAUUAGUUAGAAUAUUUCGGAGAAGAAAGAGAAUCCGCCGAUCCCUUGCUAGUUUGUUCAGUAUUGGAGCCUCUAAAUCAUGGUUGAACAGUACCACUAUUGACUUACCUUAUGUAGAGGAUGCUUGGUUUGAUGGAGACGUGAAAGGGGACACCAAUGAAUAUUAUGACACUGGUACCGUUGAUGCUGCUUUCAACCGCAAAGCCCGAAGGGCAGAGAGACACAGUCUGGUACAAAAGAAACCCUCUUCUUUGAAAGAUGCAACUUGGACAGAACCAAGAAAAGAGCACCAUUAUUCACCUACUUAUAUCUUUCCCCCAGCAGAAGAAGAGUACUUCUAUGAAAAAUCUUUGGACUGUUCAAAGCCUUUUACAGUGAAGCACGACCUCUGCCCAGUUAUAGUGCUCUCCAUGUGUUUGAUCAUUUCUCUCUGCGUAAGAUUCUUUCUGGGAGGACUGUUUACAACUCUGCUGAGCUUCUUGCUGUUGAUCAUCGUUUUAAUUUGUUCACUGGCACUUUUGUACUAGUCCCUUCGUGGGACCACCUGUCAGUUCAUGUGAUCUGCAGAGAAUAAUCAUCCUUUCCCUUCAGAAUCUUAUGUGUUUCCUUGCCUAAGCUACCUGUAGGAACAUCUGCAAUGUUUUUUUUUAAAAAAAAACCACAUGCCUUCAAGCUGCACCAAGGACACAGAUGAAAAAGCAUUUGGAGGAAUGAGGAUUCUGAAAGCAUCUCACAAUUUUCAGGAUUUAGGAACUGGUAAAAACCCAAGCUGGGCCAGGACAUUGGGUUGGCAAUUAAGGUAAAGGAUAAAGGAUCCCUGGACAGUUAAGUCCAGUCAAAGGCAAAUAUGGGGGUGCAGCGCUCAUCUCACUUACCUUGGCAGUUAUAACACAUGAUCAAACUGCUAAUCCCAGAAAGGAUGGGGUGCUAGCAAACUAGCCUCAUCCUAUAGCUAUGUGUGCAUUGCAUAGGAAAGACCGUCAGUGGUAGGCAAGUGACCUUUAAGAAAUGCUUGCCCACUAUUUCUGAUGUUCUUAUUGGGGAACCCAGAGAGGCUUCCCCACACAACAGUUUGAAAACUGCUGCUCUCCCUUAAUCCAGUGCAGGACUGUUCAUUUUGUUUGCCAUCUUAUCAGUAGACAGGAUACGUCCAAACUGAUUUUAUGAAAGGUUCAUGUUUGAUGACCUGCAUCCAAUUUUCCAAACUGGGUUGGGAGUAGAUAUGGGGAAACUCAAGUUCAGACUUCCCACGCAGGUUUGAAAGGUCUAGACGUACCAUUGUCUCUCUCAGAAUAAGCCUACCUUACAGGGCUGUUGUGAGGAUAAAGCACCACUCUGAGUUAUUGGAGGAAAGGCAGGCUGCAAAUAACUAAGUAAAUUAGAAUAAAUGAUGUCAUGCAUUCAGUCCAGCUGCACCACUCUGAUUCCCUGUGCUAUAAAUUUCUUGGUCAGGAAAAGUUCAGAAUUUUUGUAUCAUUUGUGCACCUUUCUUACUUGUAAUACUGUAUAAGCUAUAAUAAGAGCAAAUCGCCACAUUUCAGUGAUACUUAUCAAGGCGCCUAAUCCUGAAACCUAUACUUGUAUUUGAAUACAUAUUUUACAAUAAAGUUUUUGAUGCACAGUAGUGCAAUUAUC